AUGAGAUUCCACAUGUCAGUGAAAAAUUCCAAAGGAAAUAUAGGUUGGGGUUAUUCUGCCCCAAUCUCUGUUGAUAAUCAGCUCUAUCAGUACUCAAGCUAUGUGGAGUCUGAAGAGCGAGCGAAUUUCAACAGCAGUGGUCCAGUCAAUAUCAGCUACCAAAUAGGCCUCACAGCGUACUCGACGAUCUCUCCAUUCAACACAUCUUCCACAUUGUGUGAGAACUUUGAGAUCUUAGCUGAAGGGUUGUAUGAUGCUGAAACAGGAAUCUUGUGUAUGGUAGGGUGCAGAACUCUUGGCUCAAACCAUUCUCUGGAUUGCGAGAUUCUUGUCAAUUUUGAGUUCCCUCCAACAAAUAAAAGAAAUUCAGGUCGUAUCAAGGGAAGCAUUAAAAGCACGAGGGAAAAAUCUGAUAGUCUUUACUUUGAAGUUUUAGACUUGUCUACAAAUACUUAUUACAGGGAUGAAGCCUCCAUUUGGAGGAUGGAUGCAGAAAUCAUCAUGGUACUUAUCUCCACAACACUUUCAUGUGUGUUUGUGGGACUCCAACUCUUUCAUGUCAAAAGGCACCCGCAUGUGCUUCCCUUCACCUCACUUGUCAUGCUAUCAAUUCUCACUCUGGGACACUUGAUACCUCUUGUGCUCAACUUUGAAGCUUUGUUCCUGAGAAAUUCUCGUGGGCGAAGUAUAUUCUUUGACAGUGGUGGAUGGAUUGAAGCAAAUGAGGUAAUUGUAAGGGUGGUUGGAAUGGUAGCUUUCUUAUUUCAAUUCCGUCUUUUGCAAAGAACAUGGUCCGCAAGAAGGGGUGAUGGUAAUCAGAAGGCUUUGUGGAUUGCUGAGAAGAGGGUUCUCUUUGUUGUUUUACCUUUAUGUGCAGCUGGGGCUUUAGUCGCUGUGAUAGCCAACUGGGGAAAUAAUGAAAAUGAUGUUAUGAUGGAUACUUAUUCCUUAAGAAGUACCAAUCCGCGUACUCUUUGGUGUGACUUGAAAUCUUAUGCUGGAUUGGUCUUGGACGGUUUUCUUUUGCCUCAAAUACUGCUGAACCUGUUUUGGAACUCCAGAGAGAGAGCUCUCUCUUGUGGAUUCUACAUGGGAAACACUUUAGUCAGAUUGCUACCUCAUGCAUAUGAUCUUUACAGGGCUCACAAUUAUUGUCACCAGUAUGAUGGGUCAUACAUAUAUGCAAAUCCUGGUGCAGAUUUUUAUUCCACUGCUUGGGAUGUUGCUAUCCCUCUUGGUGGUUUGGUUUUUGCAUUGAUCAUUUACUUGCAGCAGAAGUUUGGUGGUCGGUUCAUCUUUCCUCAGAGGUUUAGAGAGAUGGAAGGGGAUGAAAAGGUGCCUUUGAUUAGUGAUGCAUAA